GCUCAGCAUCAACCUCGUAAACCUUGUUAGUACCGAGAGAGUGCCGGUUGGUAUAAACAAACCAUAAACCGUGCGUGACGUCAUGACCCGUAAUAAGCCGAAGCUCAGUUGUGUCUCAGAGCAGUCGGUGACUCCAGCUAUGUCGAGAUCUGUGACAGUCAUCGUCUCAGUCCUGUUACUGUUUCAGCUGGAACUGUUGUCUCCAGCAGAAUGCAGCAUCUUGAAAAGUCAGAGGUUUCCAAUUCGAAUCUGCAUGUUUUGGUCUUUCCAGUGCAAUGAACAGAACCCGUGCUGUGGCCACUACAGUUGUAUCGACGGGUUCUGCCGAAAGGUGGUGGAAAAGGAUUCUAAAUACAGCAUGAAGACUAAACUGCAGGUUCAGGAAAUAUUAAAAUCCGAUUAAUAUGCGAUGUAAUAAUCACUUGAUCUGCGUAGACUGUUAGUCUUUUGAGAUGUGAAAUGUUUCUGGUAAUAAAUAUUUGUUUAAUAAAUAUUUAAAUAUUAACU